AUGUUGGAUACCGUAAAACAUCUAAACUGGCACCAGAUACCUCUUAAUAGGCAGCCAAUUUCUCUAAUUGUGUCCAAAAAAUACAAGCUUGAAGAAGAGUUGGCUGGUGGUGGCAAGAUGGGAAACAAGGAUGUUUCUGAAGGAGUUCGAGACAAAUCUGAUUCUAGCAUGGAAAGCUUGGAACACUGUUUGGGCAAUAUUAAUAAUAUCCAGGCUAUGAAGUAUACAGAUAGAAUUUGCAAAUUAACCUUACAGAGGAACCUAAAAGAGCUUAACGACAUAGCCAAAGAAAAGAAACUUGUGGUCCAAAAAGCCAGAGACAAGCUGAGUACCUGUCAGCUGCGGAUCAAGAUGCUAGAAAAGCAGCUGGAGUAUGUAGACAUUGAAAUAGAGAAAGAGGAGGAGGCUGGCAAUGUUGCAGCCUUGUCCCGCCUUCAGGCAAUGCACAGACGACUGUGCACUGAACUGGAGAAAGAGAAGAAUUUGGAGUUGAAAUUUGCUUUGACACUAAAAGAAAAUGUGCUUGAGAUGUGGCAGAUAGAAACUGAGCAGGGAAAAUACGAAAUUCUCCAUGAACAACCUAAAAAAGAUCAGGAGGAGCUAGAGAUGCAAUACCAAGAACGAGCCAAAUAUGAAGAAAGGCAUAAAAAAAUGCUUGAAGAUGCCAAAAGGAACCAUGAAAAAGCAGUAUGCUUCCUGAGAAAAAGCAUGGCAAGAAUUCAUGAAGAAAAUGCGAAGGAAGAAGUGAAAACUCAGGAGCAUAUGGAGAGAAGGAUACAAGCUGUGCUUUCCCUGAAAAACAGCAUAACUUCCAACAGGGAAAAACUCCAAACUCGACAGGUUUGGAACAAAGCAAUGGCCUUUGAGGCAAAGAAGCAGGAGAUAAAAAUGAGGGAAGCUAUCCUGGCAGAAGGAGGCAAUGUUGCCAAGGAAAUUUUUCUCCAUAAACGACUACUAGAGCAUGAAAAAGAGAAACAAGCUUAUAGAGAACAGCAAAAAUCAAGAAAAAUUGAGAUUGUUUCUCAAAUUUUGCAAGAAAAAGCUUCUAUUCACAAGCAGAAAAAAAAUCAGUCCUGUACUAAGGCAAUAAAGGGUGGUGGUAAGGAUUCUUUACUGUGGAGAAUGAAAACAUGGCAAUAUAUUGAGAAGACCUGCAAACAUUCAGCUGGAGCACUAUCACAGAAGUCAUGGUGCUCUCCGUUAGCUUGUUCCUCAGCUGGUGAGAGAACUGCUUCUGUAGGAGAGAUUUCUGAAAAAAUACCCCAUGAUGUGCUCUGUGAAAGUGGUGAAGAUGAGAAAGAGAGGGACAAGACCCUGGUAGAACCAGAGUUCCCGGGACUUUGGAGUCAGGAAUGUGACUUGCACAAGAUAUCCAAAGAAGAAAUGGAUCCAAAGCAGCUGGCUACAAGGGUAGAGAAAACAGAAAUUUUUGAGAAAAAAAAGGAGGAAUUCCAAACUGGAAUUUUUCACAAGCAGACAGUGUCUGGUCAUGAAUGUAAGGGACGUACUUUCUAUAGUAAACCAAGUUGCAUUCAUUUCAAGGAUUUUGAUGUUGGUAAAAUCUACAAAAAGAAGAUUGUUUUGAUAAAUGCAUCCUACGGAGUGAAUUUCUGCAGACUAGUGGGAAUCAGUGAAUGGCUCAAGGACUUCAUCAGUAUUCAUUUUGACCCACCUGGCAAAAUGUCUCCUGGAAUGUCCUGUGAAAUAGUGGUAACAUUUAAACCAAUGAUAAAUGAAACUCUGGAAGGAGAAGUCAUGUUUAUGGCACAGACAGGUUCCUUUUCUGUUCCAUUGAAAUGUACAGCCAAGAGAUGCAUUCUGGCACUAGAUAAAGAGCUCAUUGACUUUGGCAGCCAUGUGGUGGGAGAGACAAUUUCACGGACCAUCAACCUGACAAACAGUGGAGCUUUGGGAACAAGAUUCAAAGUUCAGAUGUCAGCAGGUGACAGUAGUACAUGCAGAGCAACAGCAAAAUCUUCUCCUGGAAGAAUGGUUACUCGACACUUCAGUGACUGUGUUCCUGAAAAGAAAGUCAACAAUAGUCCUGUGACAUCUGUAGUUGAAAAAAAGGAACAAAUUUGUCCUGACCAGAGUGAAGAAAUGACCUACUGUGCAGCCCAAGUGGAGCAGCAGAGGACUGAGACAAGCCUGAGCAGUAGCUCCAUGGAACAACUUGGUCAAGAUGUGUUAAAUUCCAGAUCAGAUCUAGACACACACAAUAAUUUAGUGGAACUUUCUCCUGAAGAAACACCGGUUGAAAUUAUGCUUGGAAAGGUUACUGCAGGUGAAAUUGGACCCUUCAGCUCAGUCAAACUUCAGAUUAUAUUUGUUCCGGCUAUCCCUGGGGAUGUGCGGGCAGAGUUUGCGAUCAUGUUUGACAACUCAGACUGCAAACCACUGUGCUUUAGUGCCAUUGGAGUUUCAAUUGACGUGCCGGUUUGGGUGCCCAAUCCCAACAUUGAUUUAAAGAUCUGUAUGUAUGACCGACUUUAUCAGGAUCGCAUUGUCAUUCAAAGCAGAGCAAAAGCCACACUGCGUUUGAAGUUUGAAGUAUGCAAAGAAUUGAGUAAGCACAUGGAGCUGCUUCCAAAAACAGGUUACAUCCAAGCUCAGUCAUCCUUCAGUGUGCAAUUGAAGUUUCUGCCCAGGCACUCUCUUCCUGAAGAUGCAGGGAGCUAUUUUAAUGAAGAGACAAGAAUUCUGGAAGUUCCAGUGACAAUACUGAUUGUGGAUAAGGCUAAAACAGUUAAUUUUACUGUCCAUGCAAUUGUUACUACUUCUGAUUUGGAAAUCAGUCCAGCACAAAUCAAUUUUGGAUACUGCACAAUCUAUGAAGCUGUGCAGGCAAAUGUCAUGCUAACAAACAAAUCCAUCUUGCCACAAGAGUUUGGAUUUGUGGGACUUCCAGAGUUUGUUGAGAUUCAGCCCAAUGACGGACUUGGAAUUCUUCUUCCCCUUGAAAGCCUGACAUUGGACAUAAUCUUUAAAGCUAACAAGGCAAAAGAGUACAGCUUUGAACUAACCUGCAAGUCGGAGAUUAAUAGACAAUUCAAGCUGUCAUGCAAAGCAGUUGGAGUCCACCCACCUCUUGAAUUGUCUCAUUCCUUAGUUCAGUUUGCUGCAACAGCUUUAAACAGUGUGUCUACAGCAACACUGUACGUGAUGAAUUCCCAUAUGAGUGUCAACCACUGUACUCAUGCUGUCCCAAGAAUUGGCAAUGGGGAAGUUGCCCCUGUUGGACCCACUUCAUUUGAAUUCUGUGUGCCAGAAGACUGUCCAGUGACAAUUACACCUUCUGUUGGAACUGUGUUGCCUGGGAAGAAAAGCUUGAUUCAAGUGUCCUUCAGACCAACACUGUCAGAUCAGCUAAUCAGAGAAGAGGCAGUUCGGAGGCUUUGCAGAGCAGCUGCGACAGGGGCAGAAAUACAAAUGGUCCUUAUUCCUGGAUUUUCUAGUUCUGAUGCUUAUAUGGCAGCGCAGGCUUUCCUGAUGAGGAAUUUCAGUGGGAGGUUUGAAAAAUACAUCAUACCGUGCUUUGUUGCAAGUGGACAUAUUGAUGAAAAGAAAGGUUCUGAAAACUUAAGCUGCAGCCCUUACAACACUUUGUAUUUGGAGGUGCACUGUCCAGCUGUAGCACCGUCUGUUGUGGUCACUUCAGAUAAUGGAAAAAACACAGUCAAUUUUGGUGAUGUUGCAGUAGGCCACAGAAUGAUUAAGCGAAUUACAAUACAAAAUAUCUCCCCAGAGAAGAUGGAACUAGGAUUCUCAGUUCUGAAUCCCAAUGGUCCCUUCCUGUUGGUCAGACCAGUUGGAAUGCUUGAGCCGGGUGAAAAUAAAACCGUCAUCAUCUCUUUUUGUCCAAAUGAGAGUAAAUGGUUUUUUGAAAUGCUGGACAUCCGGACAGCAAAAACCAAUCUAACCCUAAGUAUCACUGGUCGUGGAGUGAUGCCAUCAAUUGUUUGCUCUGUGGAAGAAGAACUCAAUAUGGGAUAUGUCAUAGCCAGAGAGAAGGUGACUUCCACGUUCAAGAUACAGAACACUUCCACACUGACCCUGCGAUACUCCAUACAACUAGACUCACUUUCAUCAACAAGGGACAAAGAUCAGCAGAGACUUCCAUCAUUUAUCACGUCCUCUUUGCAGAGAACAGAGUUUGUUGGAACACAGAACUAUAAUGGCUUAAGUGUGUUCAGCAUCUUUCCAACAGAAGGAGAAAUUGUUGCUGGGAAGAGUCAGGAUUUUAUUGUUACUUUCAGUCCUGAUCAUGAAAGUCUGUACUAUUCUGACCGUCUCAAGGUUGUGCUCUUUGGCGAGAAAAUAGCCCAUGUGAUCCACCUAAAGGGUGCAGCAAGAGAUCAUCCAAUGUUCGUGGAAGGGGGAAUUCCACUAGAUGUGCCCAUUGAGUCCUUGGCCGUUGUAUCAGCUGUGUCAUUGCAGGAAGCAUUAAAAGGAGAGCUACAAGAACCAGUGAAGUCCAUUUUCCUCAUUCUGGAGUACAUCGAGGGAGAGAGUUCUCCAAUGCCAGCAACGACAGAACUGAAAGUUGGAGCUAUACAGUCAGCUCAGUUUGCAUCUAAGAAGAACAUGGAGUUCAGUUUCGAUAGCCUGCCACUCCUGCAGCAGAAGGGAUUCACCAUUGACUCUGGGAAGGGAACGAUUGAGCGUGGGCAAGUAAAACGCAUCAGUGUUUCGUGGGUGCCACCUGCUGACUUCAAUGCUGAUGACCCUCUGCUUGUGACAGCCCUCCUGACCUUAAAAGGUGACAUUAAGGAAUCUUACCGAAUCUUCUUCAUGGCAAAAGUUGUGUCUGCAUAUGCUCCCACUAAGUGA